AUGUCCAGUCCACGUCCCUCGAAACGGCAGCGCAUUUAUCGUGCUUGUGAUCAAUGCCGACGUCGCAAGUCCAAGUGUGACGGAGAACAGCCCGUGUGCAAGAUAUGUCAUGCUGCAAACCGGACCUGCACUUAUCAAACUGGUGGAGGUCGACGAGGCCUGCCAUCCGGAUAUGUCCGAAGCCUUGAAAUUACUCUAGGUCUUGUUCUCCAGAAUGUGCCUGGGGGUGAGAGCACUGUCUUUGGCCUCUUACGCGAUGCACGAGGCAAAGGCAAUUUCCUAAAAAGUGGACAAGCAGAUCAUCUUGUGACCGUUUGGCGAAAAUCAAGAUUAUCCCAAGACGUGAAUCAAUUGUUGAAACCCGAUCAUGAAGAAGCUGGCCACGAUGGCUCUGACUGGGAACCGGUGGAGACUCGCGAUCAGGAUGAGAACAUGGAAGAUUUAGUCGGUGCACCAAUAGAUUUUGGCUCGAACGAGCCCAUGAUCAUUCAGACUAUCCAAGAGCCAUUCCAGAGCCAAAGGGCAUCUCAAACCACGUCAAAAGGAGUUAAUUGGCUGAUACCGGAAAAUACCCCAGACCUGGUCGACUUUUACUUCACCUACACGCAUUGUUGGUUUCCAAUUCUUGAACGCCGAGAACUCCUUCGGGCCAUGCAUACGACUGGGAAUCGACCGACAACGAGUGCGACAUCAUGCAAUCUAGUACUAUGGGCUGUGAUAUCUUACACCUCUAUUCUAAGAGGAAACCACGAUGUCCGCCUAACGUCUCCGUCGGCCAUCCAGCUCUCCAUUCAAGAGCAGCUUCUCGCAGAGCCGAGGAGUCUGGAUCUUGGCCACAUUCAUGCAAUUCUUAUUUUUGUGUUGACUCAAAUUUCCCUCGGCAACAUUCAUCACGCCUGGACCUUGGUAGGACAGGCUACGAGGUUGUUGGCUGGCCUACCACUAACCGCAAGGAAGACACGGUUCCGCCAUUCGUUCAACGGCUGUGUCUUCUUGGACACCAUUCUGUCGGCUUUGUUAGGACGCACGCCGUGUUUGUCCUCGAACGAGCAACUGGAAGAGGGACCGGUAGAGGACGACGAUGUAGACGAGUGGGACGUCUGGUCUGCAACUCGCAGCAACUCCGUCAACGGCGGACGCAUAUCAACCGCCCCUCUGCGUGCCCUUAGCUCCUUUAACAUCAUCCAGCAACUCAUGCAAGAUUUGUCCAAAAUUCUAUACCAGCCAAUGUCAAAUUUCCAGUUGGAGGAUCUUCUUGACAGCCUUCGGGAAAGACAAGGGGUUAUACUGCAGGAUCGGCCAUAUAACAGGCAGAACGCGAACAAUCCGCCUUUGUUGGUGUUACACCUCGCAUCCGCUUUUACGACGCUGUCAUUGAUCCGUAGGUUUGAGCCGGUCUCGCCUGCGGUCACGGACCUUUGCAUCAGAACGGUUCACCGCGUACUUGAUAUACUGGACCAUUACCUUGCAAUCGCUGGAGAGGCUGGGAUCUCCCCGCUAGUUCAUUGCUUUGCACUCCAAUGCCAACGGAGUCUCGUUGUCACGAAUGCGGCAUUAAGCUCGGCGGAGAAGGCGGACUUGGAAAGUCGCAUCCACAACUUUUUGAAUUUGACCAAGUCGACAAGCCAUCUUGGAUGGAAGAGUCAGCCCGACUACCCAUUCCCAGCUCCCUCUUUGAAUCAGGGAGAGCCCUCCGUGACGAUGACAAUACCCGAAAGUGCAAUCGCCAUGGCCAACAUCGCCGAAUCGUCUAUCGUAGACUUGCCAAAUAUCACUGAUACCGGUGGCUAUAACACUUCGGCAGCUCUAUCUGGCGCAGAGGGAUAUGACGCUCUAUUUGAAGAGAUGGUCACCUCGUUCCCAUCAAGCAGACAAGAACCUGCUUUUGCGCACAACCUAGGAUUUUACGACGGAGACCUGGACACAGAUUUCCUCGCCCAACUUCAGGGUCCCUCGGCAUGA